AUGGGUGACGAUCGUUCCAUCCCUAUCAAGGCGUCGUCGAGCCGCGAUUUUGUCUCACAACUUAGCUCUUCCUUCCGCUCGGGAACCCCAACCGCGCAGGAGCUUCUGGCCAGAGACCUGGCAGAGUGUUCAGAGGAUGACUACGUCGACGAGAACGACAACGCUGUUGGCUCAGGUUCAGAAUCUGAGUCGGAGGAGGGUCCUCUCUUUUACCGCCGCCCGAGCGGUGUUGCGUUCGGUACCUCGCGACCGGUCAUGAACCCGCAGACCCUCAACGAGGAACCGCCCGUCUUGUCCAGAGUUGAGAAGAAGCAGUCGCGCGACGCCGAGCGGAGUUUACUCCGCGACAACCACGUGCUGCCACCGAAACAUCCUCGAACAGACCACGAACCAUUCUACCGCCGAGCAUAUCGCCGCCUCUUUAGCACCAAGGUCCCUCUUGAGCCUCACGAUGAGGAGGCCCCACAGAUCAUCGUCCGCCGUCCGACGGAGUCGACACCCUUGUUGACCGGUAGCCCCGCGCCUGGUCUAGAUGCCGAUGGCCACGAACACCUCAAUGAACAGUGGGAAGCCGCUGUCGCAACGGGUCAGCUCCGUACGACGUGGCAACGCGAGACCAAGACCAUCAUUCAGUACGCUGCGCCCCUAAUCGUCACCUUUAUGCUGCAGUACUCGGUCAAUGUCGUUGCCAUCUUCGCCGUCGGCCGCAUUGGCAAGAUGGAGCUUGGCGCCGUGAGCUUGGCCACCAUGACCUCCACCAUCACCUGCUAUGCACCUUUCCAGGGCCUCGCCACGAGUCUCGACACCCUCUGCGCCCAGGCGUACGGUUCAGGGCACCGCCACCUCGUCGGCCUGCAGCUUCAGCGCAUGACGUAUUUCCUGCUCAUGUGCUUCCUCCCACUGGCCGUCUUGUGGUUCUAUGCGGACGCCGUGUUGAGUCUCAUCAUCCCGGAGGCCGAGUCCGCUCGCCUUGCAGGCAUGUACUUGCGCGUCUUGAUCCUGGGAGUGCCUGCCUUCGUCUGCUUCGAAGGUGGAAAGAGAUUUGUGCAGGCCCAGGGCCUGUUUCAGGCGACAACCUGGGUGCUCUUGAUCGCGGCUCCUAUCAACAUCUUUGUCAACUGGCUCCUGGUUUGGCGGUUGGGCUGGGGUUUCAUAGGGGCGCCCAUCGCGGUGGUCUUCACCCAGAAUCUGUUGCCGAUAUUGCUCUUCCUCUACGUGCGAUUUUUCAACGGGUACGAGUGCUGGGGCGGGUUCAGUAAACGUGCCCUGUCCAACUGGGGCCCUAUGCUUCGCCUGGCGUUGCCGGGAAUGAUUAUGAUUGAGGCCGAAUACAUGGCUUUUGAGGUGUUGACACUGUUUUCGAGCCGUUUUGGACCGUCAUACCUGGCGGCACAAAGUGUCGUCCUCACCCUGACGGCCAUCACGUACCAAAUCCCUUUUCCAGUUAGCAUUGCAACCUCGACUCGAAUUGCCAAUCUCAUUGGUGCAGGGUUGGUGGAUGCGGCAAAGACUACCGGCAGAGUGGCAUUCGCCGCAGCUCUGGCGAUUGGCUUAUUCAACCUCGUCAUGUUUGGCGGCUUGCGAUUCCACCUCCCGCGACUUUUCACCAAUGACGACGAGGUCAUCGCCAUCGUAGCAGACGUACUACCGCUUUGCGCUCUAAUGCAGGUAUUUGACGGCCUUGCCGUGGGCGCUCAUGGUCUCCUUCGCGGUAUCGGCCGCCCUGCGAUUGGUGGGUACGCCAACUUGGCCGUGUACUACAUCGUCGCGCUGCCUAUUUCAUUCUCAACUGCCUUCGUUCUGGACUGGAAGCUCAAGGGAUUGUGGACCGGUGUCACGGUUGGACUUGCGCUGGUGUCGUUCAUCGAGUAUGCCUUUGUAUAUUUUUCUGACUGGGACAAGGCGGCCAAGGAGGCGGAAACGAGAAACCAGGCCGAGUGA